CCUAAAACCCUCUAAAAGGUGUGCGAUGGGUGCAGCAUCCUCUUACACCAGUGUGCACAGAUCCCUCACGCACCCCUCCCUCCUUCACACUCCCUUCUCCUCACACACACCCCCAUGUACUCCCGUCGUCCAGCACCCCCACAUAGGCAUGGACUGGGGGUCGCCCCCGUUCGCUGCGCCCCCGGCUCCAAGUGCAGGGCGGCCCCCGGCUGGCGCUCAGCGGGCCGGUCCGGUGCUAUCCCCCGGGACUACCGUAAGCCCAGCCCUCCCCGGGUGACUCCCUGGACGUGCGCUAGCAAAUGGGAGCGGGGAGGGGUGUUGCUGUCUGACUGCCACUUGUUGCAAAAAAAAAAAAAAAAAAAAAAAAAAAAAAAAAAAAAAAAAAAAAAAAAAAAAAAAAAAAAGGAAGAAAGAGAGAAAGAAAGAAAAGAGGGAAAAAUCCCACCCACCCUCAUCUGCUGCGGAAUAAAAGAAAUAUCGGCGGGCGCGGCGCCAUGUGAGCGGCGGGCCGGGGCCGGGACCGGGCGGAGCAGCCGGCCGGCCGUGCCCCCCGGGACGGCGGGGCGAGCCCCGGGCGGCGCUCGGAGCCGGCGGCAUGGUGGAAAACCCCAGCCUGGCGGCCAAACCCGCCCUGCCGGCCGCCCCGCCGCGGGGGCCGGGGCCGGCGGGGGGGCUGCGCUUGGCGGCGGUGAUGGAGAGCCUGCAGCGGCAGCAGGCGGCCCGCCUGGCCCGCGGCCCCGACGGCGCUCCCCGACGGCCCCCGGUGGAGCCUGGCCCCGGCCCCGGGCCGCCGCCCGCCGCUCCUCGCCGCCGCCCGGCCUCCGGCCCGCGCCCGCCGCCCGCUGCUGCGGCGGAGGAGGAGGAGGACGAGGAGGAGGAAGAGGAAGAGGAGGAAGAAGGGGAGCCCCGCGACCCACCGCCGCCCCCGCACCACGAAUGGACCUACGAGGAGCAGUUCAAGCAGCUCUAUGAACUGGAUGAGGACCCGAAACGCAAGGAAUUCCUGGAUGACCUCUUUGGCUUCAUGCAGAAGAGAGGGACACCAGUGAACCGCAUCCCCAUCAUGGCCAAGCAAGUGCUGGACCUGUACACACUGUACCAGCUGGUGACAGACAAGGGUGGCCUGGUCGAAGUCAUCAACAAAAAGAUCUGGCGGGAGAUCACCAAGGGCCUCAACCUACCUACCUCCAUCACCAGCGCUGCCUUCACCCUCCGCACACAAUACAUGAAAUACCUGUAUCCCUAUGAAUGUGAGAAGCGGGCGCUCAGCUCUCCCGGAGAGCUCCAAGCUGCCAUCGACAGCAACCGUCGGGAGGGACGGAGGCAGACUUUCGGCACAGCACUCUUCAACUACUCGCCAGCCAGCACCCCAACCCUGCUGGGCACCCCCAAAAUGCCUCUGCCAGCUCUUAGCAUCUCCACACACAGCUGUGGCCAGCUCAGCCAAGUGCACAGUGUUAAGAAAGAGGACGGAAUGCUGGCAGCAUCAGUGCCGGGGCGCAUCGCUAUCCCAGUAGGACUGGCCAGCCACCAUCUCACAGCAGCCCAAGCAGCAGCUGCCUCACAGGCAGUGGUGCUGGAGCAGCUGCGGGAGAAGCUGGAGACAGGGGAGCCCCCAGAGAAGAAGGUGGCACUGACAGCGGAGGAGCAGCAGCGACUGGUGCAACAUGCACUUCAGCACAACCUCCUGGCCAUGGCCUCCCAGUUCCCCAUGAACGUCAAGAUCUCCAACAGAGAUGACAGACAGGAGACCGCAUUGAACCUGUCCACCAACAGCAUUAGCAGUAUCAACAUGUCAAUAGAAAUAAAUGGAGUUGUCUACACAGGUGUCCUGUUUGCCCGCCGGCCCUCAGCCACCCUGGCACCUGGUGGAGGGAGUGCCCAGACACGUCCAAGCCCCAUGCCUGCCCCAAACCCCCUGCUCCCAGCCUCGUCUCAAAGCCACACUCCCACUAGCGCCUCACUGUAA